UUUGCACUCAGCUUCACACUUGUACUUAAAUAGGAGCUGCAGCGUUCACACUACUCACAUCUCACUGAACUGUGUACUGAGUGUUUGAAGAGCUACAGAACUAACCAACAUCACAGCAGAUAUGGAUCCCCAGGACUGCAACUGUGCUACAGGUGCCUCUUGCUCCUGUGAAGGUUCCUGCAAAUGUAAAAAUUGCAAAUGCAAAUCAUGCAAAAAAAGCUGCUGCUCCUGUUGCCCAGCUGAGUGCAGUAAAUGCAGCCAGGGCUGUGAGUGCGCAAAGGGCGCUGAGAAAUGCAGCUGCUGCCACUGAACCACCUCACAGUGACCAACUGAGCUAUAUAUAAAUAUAUUUUUUUUUACUAAUGUCUGAUCUCUGUUUUGCUUAAGAACUUUUUCUGACUGUUACUGAAUAGUUUUGUGCAAUGUGUGUAGCUGAUAUGUUUUAAAUAAUAAAAACAUCUAAACUGUA